AUGGACAAACAUUUAUUACUACUAUUCUAUAAUAUUUUAUAUAUAUUUAUCAAUAUAAUUGAAGGUAACAAACCUAGAAUUUAUGAACAAGAUCCUAAUUCAUUAUAUAUCUGCAAAGGACAACUGGGAGAUUAUGCUGCGUGCCAAUGUAAAGAAGAUGAAUCUUCUAUAUCAUGUAUCAAUGCACAAUUUGUUCAUACAAAUUUAUUUCAUCAAGUUAAUUUGUAUAAAUCAAAAAUAAGUAAAGUAACAUUUCAUGGAAAUAAUUUUCAACAAUUACCUAAUAAUUCAUUAUUUGGGGAUACAAUUCAUUAUCAAUUGACACACCUUAAUAUUUCUGCUAAUUAUAUUAUGGAACUUGGAACUGGUGCACUUAAAGGAAUGCCAAAUUUAAAAGUAUUAGAUUUAAGUAACAAUGAAAUUGUUUUAAAAAAAAAUGAUUUAGAUUUUUUUACAUUUACACCAAAAUUAGAAGAGCUAUACCUACGGAAAGCUUUCAUCUUCCGAUACAAUCAUACAGGACAAUUUUCAAUAAUGAUGGAAAUGUUUAGGAAGGCUAAUUUAAUAAAUUUAAAAUAUAUUGAUCUCAGUUACAAUUUUUUAUCCUCAAUACCAUACAAUUUACCAUGUCCAUUUCCAUCAAUAAAAAUGAUAAAUUUAAGGCAAAAUUUACUUGAAACUGUUAGUAUGAAUACAACAUGCCUCCAAAAAAUUGAAACAUUAGACUUAAGUAGAAAUAGUUUUGUUGGAUUGGAUAAAAAUUUUACCAAUUUUGCAGAUAAUCUUCCUGAAAAAAGUGUUAUAUUACGGUGUAAUUUUCAUUGUGAUUGUCAUAGUUCUGAGUACAUCAAAUGGAUUAGAACCACAAAUACUAUACGUGAAAAAAAUCUUCUUAUAUGUUAUAAAGCAUCACCACAAACAUUGACAGGUGCAAGAAUAGUUGAGGUUCCUUUACAUCAAUUAGAUUGUUCUAUUCCGCUAAAUACUAUGAAUGCCGGUGAUAAAAAAGUUAAUACUUUUAUUUACAAUAUUGUUUCUAUUCUUACUAUUAUUAUUUCAUUUGUUUUAUUAUAG